AUGUACACAGACGCCUUAGCGCGUAUCUUUGCGGGCUUACGCAGCAGAGAUCCAAAGCUACGCAACGAAGCUGCACACGAAUUACAGCAGUUCUUCAUUGGCUGUAAUGCUGAGCUCAGCGCUGAGAGCGUCACAAAGCUCCAAUCUGAAGUCAUGCGCAGGUUGUUCGAAUUAAUCAACAGCAACUAUCCCCAUGAAAAGCUCGAUAUUCUGUUGGAUAUUCAAGUAGAAAAGCAGCGGCUUUAUCGUUUCUACAACUACCUCAAACCUGCUCUCCCCUGCAGCGACAUGAACGUCAUGAUUGCCGCUUCUCAGUGCUUAGGCCACAUUGCCCGCGUUGGUGGUGCUUACUUGGGUGAACAGUUCAUCGAUUUCGAGGCUCCACGUGCACUUGAACUACUCACCGGUGACAGAUCUGAAGGCGGUCGAUACGCUGCCGUUUUAAUCAUCAAAGAGCUCGCACAGAAUAGUCCUGCGUUAUUCAAUACCUUUGUCACUAGAGCUAUUGAACGCAUUUGGAUCGCUCUGCGUGACCCUAAAGUCACCAUCAGAGAAGCUGCUUCAGACGCUUUAUCCGCUUGUUUGGUUAUUUUGGAGCGUCGUAAAGCACAGAAUAGAAAUGAUAUGCAAUACUCCAUCUACGCAAAGGCAGAAGCUGGCCUUAAGAUAAACACUGUUGAUACCAUCCACGCUUCUCUCCUGGUGUACAGAGAUUUACUCCUGCAUGCUGGCAUGUUCUUAAAACCUCGUUUCGGUGACGUCUGUGAUUUGAUAUUGCGUUACAAAGAUCACAGGGAUUUUCUCAUACGCAAGACUGUAAUACUUCUCAUUCCAACUCUCGCCACUUAUGAUCCUCAAGCUUUUACACAGACGAAGCUUAGGUUGAGUAUGGGUCAUCUUAUGAGUGCAAUCCGAAAGGAGAGGGAAAGAACUGUUGCAUAUAACGCCGUAGGCCAUGUAGCCAGUGCUGUAGGAAGUGCCAUGAAGGAUUAUAUGGACAGUGCCAUGUUUACCAUCGACGAGCAACUCCGUCACCGCUCGAAAAAGGGUUACAUAAUUCCUGAAGAUGCCAUUCUGCAAUGUUUGGGAAAACUUGCAGCCGCAAUUGGUCCAUCCUUGGCUAAACACGUACAUGAGUUGUUGGGAGAGAUCUUCAGCACAGAGUUAUCAGAAUCGCUUGUCAACGCUUUGAGGGAUAUAGCUAAAUACAUACCACCCCUCCUCAAAACCAUUCAAGAUAGGUUACUCAAUAUGCUUUCGUUGAUAUUGAGCGACAAGUCUUACCGAGCUCUUGGUGCUCCUAACCCUUCCAGCUCGCAAACAGCUGCCGCUAGAGAGUUAUCCAAAGUACAAGCUUCUGAAGCUAAGAAACCCGAAGUGAUUCAACUAGCUUUACAGACUUUGGGCUCUUUCGAUUUUAGCGGUCACAUUCUCAACGAGUUUGUCCGUGAUACUGCUUUACCAUUCGUAGACGAUGAUAAUGCUGAGAUACGCAAGGCUGCUGCCCUCACCUGCUCCAUUACCUUUAUUCAUGACCCUGUCACAUACCAGACUUCAACACAUGCUAUAGAGAUCAUAGGCGACAUGCUGGACAAACUCAUGACUCUGGCUAUUGCCGAUCCUGAGUACGACAUUAGACUAUCCGUUCUCCAAUCGCUAGAUGAAAAGUUUGACAGACACCUAGCUCAGGCUGAAAAUGUAAGGUCUUUGUUUAUAGCGUUGAACGAUGAAGUAUUUGCUGUUCGAGAGGUUGCUAUCAAGAUUAUCGGUCGACUCUCUUGUCACAACCCAGCCUACGUCAUGCCUUCGCUCCGUAAGGCUCUCAUCCAGCUGCUGACGGAGUUAGAGUAUUCCACAGUACGCCGUAAUAAGGAGGAGAGUGCAAGAUUGUUGGGCCUGCUCGUCAGUGCUUCUCAGAGACUGAUCAAGCCAUACGCCAACCCAAUGAUGAAAGUGCUGCUUCCAAAAGCCUCAGACAACAGCUCCACUGUAUCUUCAAACGUUCUCUGCUGUAUUGGUGAAUUGGCCCAAGUUGGUGGUGAGGAAUUAAUGAGCCACGUUGACAUUAUCAUGCCACUUCUGAUAGAAACCCUUCAUGACCAGUCAUCAUUACUCAGACGAGACGCUGCAUUGAGGACGCUUGGUCAGGUCGUUUCUAACACUGGUUACGUCAUCGAGCCUUACCUCAGAUACCCUGGCUUGUUGGAUGCGUUGGUGAAGAUAUUGCAGACUGACCAGACACCUUCAACGCGCACUGAAACGGUGCGUGUGAUGGGUUUGCUUGGUGCCCUCGAUCCAUACAAACACAAGGACAUUGAGAAGCCUGUAUCGGACGUCACUACCGAAUCUGUGACCAUCUAUCCUGCUGAUGUUGUAACACCAUCUAAUCAGAAUACCAGCGACGAUUUCUAUCAAACGGUAGCGUUUAACGCUCUCGUCAAUAUGCUCAAAGAUCCCUCUCUUAGUAACCACCACCACGCCGUUAUCGAGGCUAUCAUGAACAUAUUUAAAACACAGGGCUUGAAGUGUGUUUCAUAUUUACCUCAGAUCGUUCCUGCCUUCAUGGGUGUUAUAAGAUCGUGUGCGCCUUCUCUGCAAGAAUUUUACUUCCAGCAACUUGCUAUUCUCGUUAGCAUUGUCAAGCACCACAUUAGAAACUUCUUAACUGACAUAUUGGAAUUGAUCAGAGAGUUUUGGAAUCCCAACUCCACCCUACAAAUAACAAUCAUCUCGCUCAUUGAAAUCCUCGCAAAAGCACUUGAAGGGGAAUUCAGAGUCCAUUUACCAGUACUCCUUCCACCUAUGUUACAAACAUUUGACUUUGAAUUAGCAGAUAAACGCCAGCCAACUCUUAUUCGCAUUCUUCGAGCUUUCUCAGUCUUUGGAUCGAACGUUGAAGAGUAUCUCCACCUCGUCGUACCUGCUAUUGUCAAGACUAUCGAGCGACCAGAGUCGACUGUGCAGUUAAGGAAAGCUGCUAUUAUCACCAUCGGUCAGCUGUCGAGACAGGUCAAUUUUUGUGAUCAUGCUUCAAGAAUAAUUCACCCGUUAGCUAGAGUGCUUUCGUCUGGUCCUGCCGAAUUGCGCAAUGCUGCCAUGGAUAUUCUGGCAGCUUUGGUCCUGCAGCUUGGUCCUGAUUUCGCAGUUUUCGUACCGAUGAUCUCCAAAGUGCUGCUCAAACAUCGUAUUCAACAUGGUCCAUAUAAUCAAUUUGUCAAUAUGCUUUUGAACGGCGAAAGACUUCCACAGGAUUACAGUAUCUUUGACAGCUUUGCGGCAGAGAAGACAGACGAUCAGCCACCUGUUGAAAAUACCAAGCUGAUUGCCAACCAGCAGCAUCUCAAAAAGGCAUACGGUAUUGAAAAUGUGGAGCUCAUUCAAAACAGAGAAGACUGGACUGACUGGUUGAGGCGAUUGGGUAUUGAGUUCUUGAAGGAAUCUCCAUCGCAUGCUCUUCGCGCUUGCAGAGGAUUAGCUGAAGCUCAUCCACCUUUACUGAGAGAACUGUUUAAUGCAGCAUUUGUUUCGUGCUGGACGGAUCUAUACGACCAGUAUCAAGACGAACUUGGAAAAGCAAUGGAAAGAGCGCUGACAUCACCAUCAGCACCACCAGAUGUUGUGCACACUUUGCUCAAUUUGGCUGAAUUUAUGGAGCAUGACGACAAGCCACUCCCGAUUGACAUUCCAUUGCUAGGUGAAUACGCAAUGAAUGUUCACGCAUACGCAAAGGCACUCCACUACCAAGAAUUGGAAUUCCUCACUGAGGCUACGCCAACUGUUAUUGAGAGCUUAGUGCAUGUUAACACCAAGUUGCAGCAACAGGAUGCAGCGUGGGGUACGCUCAAAUAUGCUAGGGAGCAAUUAGAUAUAGUGCACCACGAAGAAUGGUACGAGAAACUCGGCAGAUGGCACGAGGCUCUGGUCGCCUACGCUGAGAAGGCGGAGAUCGAAGGUGAUUCGCCUGAAGUGACGCUCGGACGAAUGAAGUGUCUCCAUGCACUUGGAGAGUGGGAGCAGCUGUCAGACUUCGUGCAAAAUAAGUGGGUUAAUGCCGGACACGAAGAGCGUCGCGCUAUGGCGCCGCUGGCUGCUGCUGCUGCUUGGUCGCUGAACAAUUGGGAAAUGAUGGAUAAUUAUAUUACUGUAAUGAAACAAGAGUCUCCUGACCGCUUCUUCUACAGAGCUAUCCUCUCGGUGCACGACUCGCACUACCAGAAGGCUCUCCACCAUAUCACGAAAGCGCGCGAGAGUCUGGACAGCGAACUCACUUCUCUAGUUACUGAGUCUUACGGUCGAGCAUACAAUGUUGUGGUUCGUGUGCAGAUGCUGGCUGAACUGGAAGAAAUCAUUCAGUAUAAACUCUUCGCUGACCAACCCGACCGCCAAUCGACGAUACGCAAGACUUGGAUGAAGAGAUUGAAGGGCGCACAACCGGAUGUUGAAGUCUGGCAGAGGAUAUUGCAAGUGCGCACACUUGUUCUGUCUCCAGCAGAAGACACACAGAUGUGGAUCAAGUUCGCCAACUUAUGCAGAAAGUCUGAUAGAAUGUUCCUGGCUGAAAAAGUUAUUAACUCCCUCCUCGGGCCGGAUCCAAGCGUUUACUCGAACAGCACUACCCAAAAAGCCCCUCCACAGGUCAUUUACGCUCAUCUCAAAUUCACUUGGGCAAAGGGUGCUCAAGACGAGUCUUUGAAUUGGUUGAGAGAUUUCACGGCAUCUCUAUCCAACGACCUUGGCCUGAACCCAACUGAGAGCUCACGUGCUAUUGCUAAUGAGUACUACAAGCAGGGCAAAAUCACAGAAUACAAAAACUUACUGGCUAGAUGUUACUUCAAGCAAGGUCAGUGGCAGGUUGCUCUUCAGGAGGACUGGUUUAUCAACGAUGCUGAUGACAUCCUCGGUGCAUUCUACCAAGCCACACAACUUGACCCUAGUUGGUAUAAGGCUUGGCACACCUUUGCGCUGGCCAACUUCGAAGUUAUCGCUCAUCUCGAGAAUGCUAGCGAAGAAGUUGAGCCAGAGACUCUAGUCACACAUAUUGUACCUGCUGUACAGGCAUUCUUCAAGUCUAUUGCCUUGUCUGGCGGUAACUCCCUCCAGGACACGCUUCGUCUGCUAACAUUGUGGUUUCAAUUCGGCUAUCACGAAGACGUCUCUUCAACGCUGUCUCAAGGAUUCACUACCAUCUCUGUCGAUACUUGGCUGGAGGUUAUACCGCAGAUCAUUGCUAGGAUCCACGCACCAAACUUGAACGUUCGGAGAUUGAUCCAUCAGCUCUUAUGUGCUGUUGGGAGAGCCCACCCACAAGCAUUGAUCUAUCCACUCACAGUGGCGUCGAAAUCUCAAUCUCAGACUCGUAAAGCUGCUGCAUUGGCUAUAAUGGACAGGAUGCGCGAGCAUUCACCCAAGCUGGUUGAACAAGCUGGACUAGUUUCUAAUGAAUUGAUCAGGGUUGCUAUACUUUGGAAUGAAAUGUGGCACGAAGGAUUGGAAGAGGCAUCCAGACAUUACUUCGUACAUCAUAACCCAGCUGCUAUGAUUGAGACGCUCAAGCCAUUGCAUGACUUGCUCGAUAGAGGUCCAGAGACUUUGCGUGAGACUUCAUUCGUUCAGGCGUUCUCUAGGGAGUUGAUAGAAGCUAGAGACUACUGCAGGAAGUGGAAGCAUACCAAACAUGCGGCAGACCUCAACCAGGCUUGGGAUCUGUAUUACCCAGUGUUCAGGAAGAUUGAGAAGCAGGUCACCGCGCUCACUGCUAUCGAACUACAGUAUGUGGCCCCACGCUUACUUAACGCCAAAGAUCUCGACUUGGCUGUGCCUGGUACGUACCAAUCAGGAAAGCCAGUCAUCAGAAUAGCAGCGGUCGUUCCCAGAUUGUCGGUGUUGACUACGAAGCAAAGGCCAAGAAAGAUGGAGAUCAGGGGUAGUGAUGGAAAGGAGUAUAUGUAUCUGUUGAAAGGACAUGAAGAUCUUCGCCAAGAUGAGCGUGCGAUGCAAUUGUUCGGCCUCAUCAAUCUUCUCCUUUCCGUAAAUCCGGAGUCAUUCAAACGUCAUUUGUCCAUUCACAGAUUUUCCGUUAUACCAAUCUCUCCAAACUCUGGUCUUUUAGGAUGGGUGCAAAACACUGAUACGAUGCACAUGCUGAUCAGGGACUAUCGCGAGACUAGAAAGAUUCUAUUGAACAUUGAGCACAGAUUGAUGCUGCAAAUGGCUCCAGAUUUCGACCACCUGUGUCACCUCAACAAGUUGGAAGUCUUCGAGUACGCUCUCGACAAUACCACUGGUCAAGAUCUUUACAGAAUUCUUUGGCUGAAAUCUAGAAAUAGUGAAGCUUGGUUGGAACGUCGAACAAAUUACACACGUAGCUUGGCAGUGAUGAGUAUGGUUGGUUAUAUCCUAGGUCUUGGUGACAGACAUCCUUCGAAUCUGCUGAUUGAUAGAAUUACUGGUGGAGUUAUCCACAUUGAUUUCGGUGAUAGCUUCGAAGUUGCUCAGCAUAGAGAUAAGUAUCCAGAGAGAAUGCCUUUCAGAUUGACUAGAAUGCUCGUUUUGGCAAUGGAGGUGUGUGGUGUCGAGGGAUCAUUUAAGCGUACUUGUGAUAUUGUCAUGAGUGUGUUGAGGAAUAACAGAGAUUCUCUCAUGGCUGUAUUGGCUGCAUUUGUUCACGAUCCAUUGAUUAAUUGGCGUUUGGAUGCGGAGAACAUUGAUCCAUCGAGUGCAAAGAAUAGACGGAGUGUGGCAGAUGAAAGAAAUCUGGUAGAGAAUGGUGUUAGGGACGAGACAAUAGGUAACGACCGAAGACCGGAGCCUGUGAACAGAAGAGCAUUAGCUGUCAUGAGAAGAGUUGAAGCAAAGUUAUCAGGUCGUGACUUCAAACCAACUGAGACACUCACUGUGGGUGAGCAAGUUGACAAACUUAUAUUACAAGCCACUUCUCUCGAGGUCCUUUGUAUGGCUUUCGUAGGAUGGUGUGCAUUUUGGUAA